AGCGAGCAGCGCAUCAUUAGACGGAGGCAAAUAACCUAGCUAUGCGGCCCUCGAUUAGGCUGCAUUUCCAGCACGAGAGCCUGUCCGGUCGACUUUAGCGCGGAAAUGCCCGGGAAAUGGAAUUCGCACCGAAGAGGAUGCCGUGGGAGAAACGGCCACCUCAGCUUUCUUCCCCGCCCACCUUCGUUUCCUUCCUUCACGGUGACGCGGCGCAUGGACAGUAACGACUUGUGCAUUAGUGGCGGCGGUACCGGCAGCACCAGGAAGCAGCCGCGCCGCCCCUUUCCAGUCCCACGCUCCUCCUCCCUCCUCGGCCAGCUCAGAGGGGUAGCUUGCUCCUCGCGGCUCGCGGGUGUCUCUUCCUCUGCUGGAGUGAGCGAAAGUUGCAAGCACCCGGGCUGAGGCGGGAGGCAGCCGGUGGCUGUACCUUUGCUGGGAAGGGGGGCGCAUGGCUCAUACCACCGCACUGCUGAAGAGAGUCGCCAGGGAAGGUUGGGGUGUGCUGGUGGCUCGAACUGGCCCACUCCGGGGCAUUCAUCGGGUCAGUACUCUCCAAACUGAUGCACCCCCUGGUACACCUAGAGCAAGCAAAAGCUAUGUCCAUGGGGUGUCAGACUUUCCACUUAUCUGUAAAACCCUGGAUCAGUGCCUGGAGGAAACAACUCACCGACAUCCUGAGCGAGAAGCCCUGGUGUUCCCUACAGAAGGAAUUCGGAAGACUUUUGCCCAAUUUAGACAAGAUGUUCAGCAGGCAGCAGAAGGACUUCUGGCUCUUGGUUUGAAAAAGGGUGACCGACUGGGGAUGUGGGGUCCCAACAAGUAUGAAUGGGUCCUAAUGCAAUUUGCCACAGCCCAAGCAGGAAUCAUCCUGGUGUCUGUGAACCCAGCGUAUCAGUCCCAUGAGCUGGAAUUUGUAGCAAAGAAGGUUGGCUGCAAAGCACUGGUGUUCCCUACACAGUUUAAAACACAGAAAUACUAUGAGAUCUUGAAGCAAGUCUGCCCUGAGCUGGAACAAUCUAAUCCGGGAGCAUUACAGAGCAAGAAGUUACCAGAGCUUUCUAUUGUCAUCAGUUCAGACUCCAAACUGCCUGGCACAUUUUCAAUGGUUGAUGUGAUGCAGGCUGGAGACAGCAGCCACAAAAAGCAGCUACAGGACAUACAGAAGAAAAUGGAUUGCAAAGAACCUAUCAACAUCCAGUUCACUUCAGGAACAACGGGAAGCCCCAAAGGGGCCACGCUUUCUCACUACAACAUUGUGAAUAAUGCAUUUCUGAUUGGUAUAAGACUGCGAGUCCAAGACAGGGAUGCUCGCUGUUGUCUACCUGUCCCUCUCUACCACUGCCUGGGGUCUGUGGCAGGCUGUGUGGUGAUGGCUAUUCAUGGUGUCUCUCUUGUCUUCCCAUGUCUAAGCUUUGAUGCAAAAGCCACUCUGAAGGCACUGGACCAUGAAAAAUGUACCCAUGUACACGGCACUCCAACCAUGUUCAUAGAUAUGCUUGGUCAGCCUGACUUUGCCAGUUACAACCUUUCAACUCUUCGGGGAGGAGCCAUUGCAGGUUCACCAGUUCCUCCUGAAGUUAUGAAGAAGAUAAUCAACAACAUGAACAUGCAGGAAAUAGUGGUUGCUUAUGGAACUACAGAGAACAGCCCUGUCACCUUCAUGGGGUUCCCUCAAGACAACAUUGCCCAGAAAACAGAGACCGUAGGAUGUAUUUUUCCACACACUGAGGCAAAAAUUGAGGAUCCUGCUACUGGGAACGUCCUCCCACUGAACAGCCCAGGAGAACUUCAGGUUCGAGGCUACUGUGUUAUGUUAGGAUACUGGGCUGACCCCAACAAAACUAAUGAAGUGCUAGAUGAUGAGAAAUGGUACAAGACAGGGGACAUUGCUGUUCUUGACGAGUACGGCUACUGCAAGAUUGUAGGUCGUUGCAAAGACAUGAUUAUCCGAGGAGGGGAGAACAUAUAUCCAGCAGAGCUUGAACAAUUCCUACAUACCCAUCCUAAGAUUCAAGAGGUGCAGGUAGUUGGUGUGAAAGAUAAGCGAAUGGGAGAGGAGAUCUGUGCCACCAUCAGAGUGAAAGCUGGAGAAGAGUGCACAGUAGAGGAAGUCAAGGCAUUUUGCAAAGGGAAGAUUGCACAUUUCAAGAUCCCUCGGUACAUAGUGUUUGUGAAGGAUUUUCCACUCACUGUCUCAGGCAAGAUUCAGAAAUACAAACUGAGGGAGCGAAUGGAGAAGCAUCUACAGCUUUGAAUAGGAAGCCAACCCAAGAGAACUCAAAAAUGAUAUUCCUUCUGCCAACUUUUAUACUUGAGCUCUAAGCAGUUAGGGAGCUGGCACCACCAGUUUGCCUUGAUAUGCAUUAGUCUACUUGCAGCCAAGUCAAGUCUGCUUAAAAUAAUGCUCUUUUUUAAAUUCAAGAAAAAUCUGUUUCUUUGUCAGAGAUUUUUGUUUCUUUGUGUAGAGGAAUACAUGGCAAUACUUUGCUCAGUCUUACUUUGUUUAAAAUACAAAAUAGUAUGUAUUAUGACCUCCUCCCAGUGAAGAUGACCUUCAGAUUUUUUUUCAUUGCACCCAGUACUGGGACACAAAAAGGGAUAGAUGACAGUGCCAGGAUCCUGAAAAUUAACAAAAGUAUUCCUUAAUUCCUAUGUAUAUACAUUUUGAACUGUUGUAAACUGCAAGCCAAACAAAGAAAACAAAUGCUUUUUAGCAGCCAGAAAGGCUAUCAUGGGAAGAACGCAAUCACUUGAAACAUGUUCAUAUUGGAUUUGUAGGAAUAAUUUUUGGCACUUCUGCAUUAUAAACCUUUUGGGGACACUGUU